CACGGUGCGCGCGUGGAGGGCACCCGGGCGCGACCCGCAGCCACGCGCCGUGGUGCUGGCCAGGGAGGUCAUGUGGGGCUGCAGCCCAGCCUCGCCGGCCUGUGAUUUACACGGCAGAGACACUGCUGCCCCUAGUCCGUCUGUGCCCUAGGUCUCCCACUCCAGUCCAGCUUUCUCCCCCUGGCCCUCCAGCCCCUGCCUGGGGCGUCCAGGGACGCCCAGCUGGUCCCUGUCACAGGUCUCGGGUUGGCACGGUGGGGAGUGGCAGAGGGUGAUAACCACGCUUCUUGCCGCCACUGGGCACCGGCCCGCCGGGGAUUUGAAGUGGCGAGAAGCAACCGCCACCUCCCGGGCGCUCCGCACUCAGCAGCGGUGGAGAUCCUCGCCUCCCGGAGCUGCCUAGUUGUCCCCCCUGGGGCCCCAUAGCCAGCAACCAGAGGUGGGCUAGCCAGACCCUGAGGCUGGCACAGACCCGAACGCUCUGUCCUCCAAGACGCACCCCACGCGCCCUGGGCGCAGACCUCCAGCGCCUUUCCUCGCGUGGAGAUCCCAGCAGGGCCUCCGAGAGAGAGAGACAGACCGACGGACUGGGAAAGCUCUCGGAGGGAAACUUGUUCCUCCCUGUCUCGUGUCAGGCAAUCACCAGCGAGCCUGUGCGCUGAGAGGGGAGGGAGGAAGCGAGGGAAGGGCUCCAGAGGGUGGGGGAGGCCGGAGGAGGUGGGGAGGCGGGGGUGCACUUGGUGAAACUCCUCUGCCUCGCGCUCAUCUUUUCAUUGCUCGCUCCAUUCCUUCCCGCAGACACCCGGACCUCCCCUGGGCGCCAGCUCCUCGGCUCCAACGGGUCCAGAAACAAGCCGGAUUUUUUUUUCUUCCUGGAAAUUGGCUUUAGUGCGUGUUGCCCUCCCUCCCUCCUCCCUCUCCCCCUUCUUUCCUCCCCCCACCCUUUUUUGAGACAUGGCCCGGGCAGUGGCUCCUGGAAGAAGAACAAGUGUGGGAAAAGGGAGAGGAAACCGGAGCUAAAUGACAGGAUGCAGGCGACUUGAGACACAAAAAGAGAAGCGUUUCUCUCGGAUCAAGGCACUGCUUCCCUGCUUUCCUUUCUCCGAGGAGGACUGAGGAUUUUACAGCUCUAGGCGGAGUUGGAGCGCUUGGGAUUGUUUAGAUUCCCCUUUCCUUGCUGUAUUUCCUUUCCGCACGACCUCGUUCUCCCGCGUCUGCCUGGGGACCUGGCGAAGGGAGAAUGGAGAGGGAGCUGCCGCUCCUCUGCGCCGCGCUGGCCCUCGCCCUCGCCCUAGCCGGCGCUUUUCGCAACGAUAAAUGUGGCGAUACUAUAAAGAUUGAAAACCCCGGGUACCUUACGUCUCCUGGUUAUCCUCAUUCUUAUCACCCAAGUGAAAAAUGUGAGUGGCUGAUUCGGGCUCCGGAUCCAUCCCAGAGAAUUAUGAUCAACUUCAACCCUCACUUUGAUUUGGAGGACAGAGACUGCAAGUAUGACUACGUGGAAGUCAUCGAUGGAAAAAAUGAAAACGGACGUUUAUGGGGAAAGUUCUGUGGCAAGAUUGCACCUUCUCCUGUAGUGUCUUCAGGGCCAUAUCUUUUUAUCAGAUUUGUCUCUGACUAUGAAACACAUGGUGCAGGAUUUUCCAUACGUUAUGAAAUUUUCAAGAGAGGUCCUGAAUGUUCCCAGAACUACACAACAGCCAGUGGAGUGAUAAAGUCCCCAGGAUUCCCUGAAAAAUAUCCCAAUACCCUUGAAUGCACUUAUAUUAUCUUUGCACCAAAGAUGUCAGAGAUUAUCCUGGAAUUUGAAAGCUUUGACCUGGAACCCGACUCAAAUCCUCCAGGGGGGAUGUUCUGUCGCUAUGACCGACUAGAAAUCUGGGAUGGAUUCCCUGAUGUUGGCCCCCACAUCGGGCGUUACUGCGGACAGAAAACUCCAGGUCGCAUCCGUUCCUCAUCGGGCAUUCUCUCCAUGGUUUUUUAUACCGACAGUGCAAUAGCAAAAGAGGGUUUCUCAGCAAACUACAGCAUCCUGCAGAGCGGUGUCUCCAAAGAUUUCAAAUGUAUGGAAGCUCUGGGCAUGGAAUCAGGAGAGAUUCACUCUGAUCAAAUCACAGCUUCUUCCCAGUACAGCACCAACUGGUCAGCAGAGCGCUCCCGCCUGAACUACCUUGAGAAUGGGUGGACUCCUGGGGAGGAUUCCAACCGAGAGUGGAUCCAGGUAGACUUGGGCCUCUUGCGUUUCAUCACAGCUGUCGGAACACAGGGUGCCAUUUCCAAGGAAACCAAGAAGAAAUAUUACGUCAAGACUUACAAGAUAGAAAUCAGCUCCAAUGGGGAAGACUGGAUCACCAUCAAAGAAGCAAAUAAGCUUGUCGUCUUUCAGGGAAACACCAACCCCACAGACGUCGUGUUGGGAGUUUUCCCCAAACCACUGUUAACUCGCUUUGUCCGAAUCAAACCUAUGACUUGGGAAACUGGCAUCUCUCUGAGAUUUGAAGUGUAUGGUUGCAAGAUAACAGAUUAUCCCUGUUCUGGAAUGCUGGGCAUGGUGUCCGGACUCAUUUCUGACUCGCAGAUCACGGCCUCGAACCAGGCGGACCGGAACUGGAUGCCGGAGAACGCUCGCCUGGUGACCAGCCGCUCGGGCUGGGCGCUGCCGCCCUCCCCGCGCCCCUACGCCAACGAGUGGCUGCAGGUGGACCUCGGCGAGGAGAAGAUGGUCCGCGGCCUCAUCAUUCAGGGCGGGAAGCUCCGAGAGAACAAGGUGUUCAUGCGCAAGUUCAAGAUCGGGUACAGCAGCAACGGCUCCGACUGGAGAAUGAUCCUGGAUGACAGCAGACGCAAGGCCAAGUCUUUUGAGGGCAACAACAACUAUGAUACACCUGAACUGCGGACUUUUCCACCUCUUUCCACACGAUUCAUCAGAAUCUACCCCGAGAGAGCCACUCACGGCGGGCUCGGGCUGAGAAUGGAGCUGCUGGGCUGUGAAGUAGAAGCACCUACAGCUGUACCAACCACUCCCAACGGGAACCCAGUGGACGAGUGUGAUGAUGACCAGGCCAACUGCCACAGUGGAACAGGUGAUGACUUCCAGCUCACAGGUGGUACCACGGUGUUGAGCACAGAAAAGCCGACAGUAUUAGACAGCACUAUGCAAUCAGAGUUUCCAACAUAUGGUCUUAACUGCGAGUUUGGCUGGGGCUCUCACAAGACGUUCUGUCACUGGGAACAUGACAACCAUGUGCAACUCAAGUGGAGCGUGCUGACCAGCAAGACAGGACCCAUUCAAGACCACACAGCAGGAGAUGGCAACUUCAUCUACUCCCAGGCUGAUGAAAAUCAGAAAGGCAAAGUGGCCCGCCUGGUGAGCCCUGUGGUUUAUUCCCAGAACUCCGCCUACUGCAUGACUUUCUGGUAUCACAUGUCCGGGAACCACGUGGGCACGCUGAGGGUCAAACUGCGCUACCAGAAGCCAGAGGAGUAUGAUCAGCUGGUCUGGAUGGCCAUUGGACACCAAGGAGACGACUGGAAGGAAGGACGAGUCUUGCUCCACAAGUCUCUGAAACUUUACCAGGUGAUUUUUGAGGGAGAAAUCGGAAAAGGAAAUCUUGGCGGGAUUGCCGUGGACGACAUCAGCAUUAACAACCACAUCUCACAAGAAGAUUGUACAAGACCAGCAGACCUGGACAAAAAGAACCCAGAAAUUAAAAUUGAUGAACCAGGGAGCACCGCAGGCUAUCAGGGCGAGGGGGAAGGCGACAAGAACAUCUCCAGGAAGCCUGGCAACGUGUUGAAGACCUUGGACCCCAUCCUCAUCACCAUCAUAGCCAUGAGCGCCCUGGGUGUCCUCCUGGGUGCCAUUUGCGGGGUCGUGCUGUACUGUGCCUGUUGGCACAACGGGAUGUCGGAAAGAAACUUGUCGGCCCUGGAGAACUACAACUUCGAACUCGUGGAUGGUGUGAAGUUGAAAAAAGACAAACUGAACCCACAAAGUACUUAUUCGGAGGCGUGAAGGUGGGCGGAGAGGAGAAGACAGCAUCAGAGAAUUGAGGUGGGAGGACGUGGCGUGCGGCGCUGGCAACUACCCCAUCUUCUUUCACUGGGCAGGCUGCGAAGCGCAUGGCGCUGAGCCAGGCUUUUCUCAGGAGCUUCAAUGAGUGUGAGCAACAGACAUGGACAAGUGAGCUGUGUUAACAAUCGGAAUCAUGUACAGUCAGCUUUUUUCCUGUUGGUUUAAUUUGAAUCAUCAGAUAGAUGCUGGUGUUGAGACCAAGUAUGAUUGACUUAAUAAUUCAUUUCGACUUCCUCCUUCCCUUCUCUCUCUCUCUCUCUCAAUCUCUCCCUCUGUCUCCUCCUUCCUUUUACGGAGUCUUUUUGGAAACUGUGCAAAAAAAUCCAAGAUGCUGGCACCAAGUGUAUUGAGUGGGGCCCUUUGGACGGACAUGCUGCCUGUAGCCCAGUGCCCGGAACAUAUUCAAAUAUCCGCCUUUCAGUGGACUCCCGACAUCGUUCUUGUGUAUAAUUGCCAGCGUCUUGCAUAGGCGAAGAAGGAUUAGGAUGUUUUGUUUUCAAAGUACUAUAGCCUCAGUACCAGUAUAACGUGUCAGCUCUGUUUACGAAGCAAUACCGUCAGAGUUUCUCGAUGUUUUUCCAGUGUUGAACUAACCCUCGUGCUUGUGAACUCCAUACAGAAAACUGUGCCAUCACCAAACACUGCUGGCAACUGGGUGUGCUGCUGCCAACCGCAACCACCACCGCAACGCCCUUGGCACUGGCUAGUCUGUAACCUCUCAAGUGCCUUUCUGUUCGUACUGGCCCAUCGUGUUACAUUAACGACCCGCUCUGUUUCCCGCUGGUGAAAGCCCUACUCUUUAAUCAAACCCUGGUGGCCCACUGACUACGAAGAAAGUAUAUUUUAGUGUGAGACGUCAGCCCCCUCGGGAAGGCAAGGGCUCUGAAGAUUUGGCAAUGUGGCUUAAUUGUUCUGCUUUUUCUGUAGUUGAAGUUCAUGUCUCUUGACCCUUUUGUAUAAAGCUGCGAUAUUCUCUCUUGCUCUUCUUUCAUAUGGAAUGUAUUUUCAAAUGUAAAACUCUUCUUUCUCUCCUAUCUCUCUUGUCGUUUGUUUUUUUGUUUGUUUUUUUUUUUUCCUUCUCUCUCCCUCUCUCUUAAAAUUUAAGCAUUUGCCAUUGUCCAGAAAAGAAAUUUGCAGCUUUAACCUGCUGGGAAUGGCAAACAAUUUCACUAGUAGACUUUUAUGUUUAAGAAUAAAUAAAUAAGGGAAAUUCUUAACUUUGCCCUCCAAAGUCUAACUUUGGUUUUCUUGUUAACUGGUUAAAGUGACAGUAUCUUUUUUCCUUAAGCCAUUUGUCAGUCUAUUCCAAUCACAAUGACCUUCUGGAAAAAUGUUUGCAUUUAGUAGAAAUAGCUCUAAGUUGAGGGAAGAAAUAAAACUAAUUGGCUUUCAAGUGAGGAAAGGAAGGAUUGAAUAAAACCUUCCAAAUAUCUAAAAGCAUGAAAUUUUUAUGUCCAGAUGUGCAAAAAUAACCCAUGAGAACCUUCUUGUUUUGAUGUUGAGUCAGACAGGGAAGUGGAUAGAAGAACAGUUAAUUUAAGAAAGAAGCUAUAAAUCCUGAUGCCUGGGGUUGAAAUAUUUUAAGAUAAAAGGGGGAAAAACACAUAAAGUCAAAGCAAUUUUUUUUUUUUUUUUUUGAGACAGACUCCCACUCUAUUGCCUAGCCUGGAAGGUAGAGGCAUCAGCUGUGCUCACAGCAACCUCAAACUCCUGGGCUCAAGCAAUCCUCCCUCCUCAACCUCCUGAAUAGCUAGAACCACAGGCACCCCGCCACGACUCCUGGCAAAUUUUUCCAUUUUUAGUAGAGACAGAAUCUCACUCUUGCCCAGACUGGUCCGGAACUCCAGAGCUCAAGGGAUCCCACUGCCUCAGCCUCCCAGAGUCUAGGAUUAUAAGUGUGAGCCACUGCACUUGGCCCAAAACAGAUAUUUUAAAAAAUCUAUUCAAUAGCAACCCUGAAAAGAUAGACUUGAAUAAGUGCUUCCAGAAACCUCCAGCAGCUCACCUGCCUUGGGGCUGGCAAGAUCUAAGCCUGUCACAGAACAGGGGAACAGAUAUCUUAUUAGGCAGCGUAUGAAUUAACCCAAAGAAGCUUUGGUUGUUUUGAGUGUAUUUUUGUCAUGACACAGUGUACAUAAGAUUUUUUACAUCUCCCUCCUUUCCCACAUUGCUACAGGUCUCACUUAAACACCUAUAUUGGGAGUCACAUUUGCAUCAUACUCGGGACAGUCCAUUCAUCUUGGUGAAAUUGGAUUGAGAAUGCCUUUUGUUUCCAGGAAAGUAUUGAUCUCCUUGAAAGAAGAAUAUUUUUUUUUGUCCCCAGAGACAUUCAUUUAGCUGUUUUAAUCCCACCAGAAGGAAAGCACUAAGGAAGAUUUGAUUUUGUUUUCUUCUUAAGGUAACAGACUUAAAGUUGUUCUCAGCCAAGGAAAAAUGAUACUGCAACUUUAAAUUUUAAAGUAUCUUGCACUGAUAAAUAUAUUUAAAAAUUAUAUGUUUAUAAAGUUAUUAAUUUGUAAAGGCAGUGUUACAAAAUGUUCGGUUUAUAUUGUUUUAGAUUGUUUGUAAUUUUUAAAAGUGUAAAAUAACAUAUUUUUUUCUUUAUUGAAAUCUAUAAAACUUUCUGUAGUAAAAUGUUUUCAUUUUGCUGGUAUAUUAUUGCUCCGUGUUUUGUACCAUCUUAAGAUUUUGUGCAGAUUUUUUUUACAGAAAUUUUUAUUUUCUAUGAUAAUAUGACACUUGUAAAUUGUUGUUGCAAAACGAACAGCGAAGCCUUAACUUUAAAUGACAUUUGUAUUCUCAGACACUGAGUAACAUAAGAACCACAUAGAAUUGAACUGUAACUUAAAUUCCAAACUAUGACUACUACAUUCCAAAGAAACAGUUGAAUUAAACAUUUUCAUAAAAUA